AUGACCCCUACCGAGCUGAAGUCGUGGCUGUGUGUGGCACUGGUUCUGAUCGGUGCCCAAAAGGGAGCAGCUGCUGAUGUAUCCGAGGUUUCUGGGAAAUGGUAUUCUGUUCUGAUAGCCUCCGACCACAGGGAAAAAAUAGAAGAAAACGGAAGCUUGAGAGUGUUGGCAGAACGCAUCAAUAUCUUGCAGGACUCAUCUAUGUCUGGCAAAUUCCAUACAAUUGUCAACGGAGAAUGUGUUGCACAUGAGUUAGUGGCUGAUCCAACAGAGGAGGAAGGAGUAUAUACUGUUGAGUAUGAUGGACACAAUGUCCUUCGCAUCCUUGACAUGGUCUCUGAUGAGUAUGUCAUUUUCUAUGACAUGAAUGAAAACAACGGAGAAAGCACCCAAGUGAUGGAACUCCACGGCCGAAGACCUGAUGUAAGUUCAGCAGUCAGGAAAAAGUUUGUGAGACUGUGUCAAGAACAUGGAAUCGUGAAGGAAAACAUACUGGACCUAACCAAGACUGAUCGCUGCCUCCAAGCCCGAGACCAGGCAUAGGCCUAAGCCCUCAGGUUGGUGAGCUCUGAGAGGA